CUUUUUUCUUUUGUUCGUUUCCACCAAAGCACAAAACACUACAACAGCAUGGCAAUGCAAGAUCGCAUGGACGCGUUGCUGCUCUCGAUUGCGCAGCAGCACGACGGCAUCUCGUCGCUCCUGGACACGUUCUUUGGCUUUCUCGAGCGCAAGACUGACUUUUUCACUGGCCAGGAUGCCAAGGUCGGCGAGGCGACCGUCCUGAAGGCCCUUCGAACGGUGCAGAAGCGCGUCGAAACCAAGCAGCCGGCAGCCAGCAAGCCCAAGCCAGCCCCUGCUGCUGCUCCUGCUGCUGCUCCUGUUGCUGCGGCCACUGCAACGCCUGCCGCUGCGGCCACGACGACACGGCUGCCAGCGAACGCGCCAUCUGGCUUGGUCGAGCUUCCCGACGAUGAGCCAGUCACUGCGCCUGCUCCCGUUGCUGCCGCUGCAUCUGCUGCUCCCGCUACUGCUGCAAGUGGAUCUGUUACGUCUACGUCUACUCCAACUGCUGCCGCUGCUGCCGCGCCGGCAACGUCCGCCAAUCCGUCGGCACCAUCAUCGACCUCGUCUGCGGCCAACGCUGACGAAGAGCCCCUCGAGGCUGGCAAGCAACGGCCAAACCCUGGCAAUGGCGGGUCGACCGAUGUGUACAACUGGGCUCAGUCGCUGGCGGAUGUGGAAGUGCGCAUCCCUCUCAAGGUCAGCUUUGCCGUCAAGUCGCGCGACAUUGUGUGCGAGAUUGGCAAGCGAUCGUUCAAGCUGGGCCUGAAGAACAAGCCGCCGAUGGUCGAGGGUGAGCUCUUCAACGACAUCAAGAAGGAGGAUUCGUUCUGGAACAUUGAGGAUGGCAAGAUGGUUGUGAUUAGUCUUCAAAAGAUCAACACGAUGGAAUGGUGGCCGUGCGUCAUCAAGGGACACCAAGAGAUCGACCUCAAGAAGGUGGAGCCCGAAAACUCAAAGCUGACCGAUCUGGACGGCGACACGCGCGGAAUGGUUGAAAAGAUGAUGUUUGACCAACGUCAGAAGGAGAUGGGCUUGCCCACGUCCGACGAGAUGAAAAAGCAAGAGACUCUCAAGCGAUUCAUGGAGCAACAUCCCGAGAUGGACUUUUCCAACGCCAAGUUCAACUGAAGCGAAAUGCGAAUUGUGGAUGCGCCCACCGAAAAGGCCCUGUCGCGGUGAUUCAACUCAUCGAUGCUCAAAUCACCUUGUACUUUUUUUUGUUUCUCACAAACUGUUGUCGUACUUUAUCAUCACGAACAAAAACAACCUGUUCAAAAACAAACUCCACAGUGCUGCUUGUGUC